AUGCCGCCCCGCGCGACGGACAAGGGCAAGAAACGCGCAUCGCCUGAAGACGAAGACGAAGACGCACCCUUAAGUUCAAAGUCUAUAAAGAGGCCUAAACGCGCUGAGACGCGGCAACACGUUCAGCUCGAGUCCGAGCGCGUACAGAACAUCUUGGACCAUGUUGGUGACUUGAUUGAACACUCAGAUCCCUAUGCUGCGAGCAUAAGUUCCGAACCACUGUCACGACGACGCUCAACAGUCAAACACCAAUCACAGCCUGCUACGUAUUCUGACAGCACCACAAAGGCAUUGCGUGGAGUGCAGAAGCGCCGACGAGCGCGCCAUACGCUCCUUCGCGACGCCACACGCGAUGAUGAGCCCCGCACCGCACGCGGCAGGUCACGAGCAACAGCGCCUGAACCUUGUCCAGUUUGCCAACAGAUUAUUGCUGGGGAUCCGGAUGUAUUUGCUGCGCAUGUCGACUCCUGUCUCGCUCAUGCCGCGCUCGUUGAACAGCAAGGGCAGCAUUCUCGCUCGGGUACGCCGGAGGAAGUGGAGGCGGACGUGGACGUAGACGUGAUGGACGAAGGCGACAUGGAUGAUAAUAGCGGGGAUCCCUGGGAAGAGAUCGCGGGUCCAGACGGUGUUUCACGCUUGAGGCUACGAGCCUCUAACGCGGGCGCGCGGGCGUUGGGUUUUGAUGUGCGUGACCCUUCAGCGCAGGACGUCGAUGCAGAUGUCGAUAUCGACGGGGACGACGAGGUUGCCUUCGGAGUUGCGCAGUUCACCGAGGCAGACGUGGACGGGGCCGAGCUUCCCGGAGCAUUGGUAGAGGAAGCGGACAUUGAGGCGGCGAUCUCCAGUGCCAGACGGAAGGGAGACGACAAGGCUUUAAUCAUCGCGCUGGAAAGUAAAGUCAAAUUCUUGCAAACCGCGCCGUCUACCGUGGCCGCGGUAUCGAACUCUUCUUGCCGCAUAUGCCUCGACGCAUAUGUGGAACCGACAGUCAGCACAGGGUGCUGGCACGCGUGUUGCCCAGGCGACCUGCGUAGAGUUUUCUUGUGA